AUGAGCUCGUCCUGCCUGCGAGCGGCUUGUGGAUCCGUUCGUCGCGCUGUUCUGCGGUCCGCCGCCUCCGCCUCGGCCCAGGUCGUGCGCUCCACGUCGACCUCCUCCACUCCCCUUGUCCGCUCCGUGGCCGCCAAGGCUGUGCGCAUGCCCGUCAACAACCUGGCCCUGGCCGCCCGCUACUUCUCCCAGACUGCCCGCGUCGCCGAAGAGGCUGAGCAGCCGACAAGCGAUUCGGUCCCGGCUGCGGCUAGUGUGGGCGAGACCAACGUCGAGGCCCAGGAUCCGACCCCCUACGGCAUCUUCAUCCGCAACGUUGUUUUCGACGCCAGCGACGCCAAUCUGCGGGAGGCCUUUGAGCACUACGGUCCCAUCAACUCCACCUUUAUUGCCCGCGAUCCCCGCGGCAUGAGCAAGGGCUUCGGCUUUGUCUACUUCGAGAACGCCGAAGCCCAGGCCAAGGCCCUCGAGGAGGCCAACGGCUCGUUCUGGCACGGCCGCCGCCUCAGCGUCCAGCCGCGCCAGAGGCGCCAGCUGCACCAGGCCGACCCCAACCGGCCCCCGCGCGCCGACGACCGGCCCCUGCGCGAACCCUCCAACUGCCUCUACAUUGGCAACCUGCCCUACGAGACCACCGACGCCGACCUGACUGUCACCUUCCGCGACGUCGACGGCCUCCAGGCCGUGCGCGUCGCCGUCGACCGCGCCACUGGCUGGCCGCGCGGCUUCGCCCACGCUGAUUUCGAUUCGAUCGAGAGCGCCAAGGCCGCCUACGAGUACCUCAAGGACAAGCAGGUCGGCAGCCGGACGCUGCGCAUCGACUAUGCCUCGCCGACCAAGUACUUCUCAAAGAGGAACAGCAGCGAGAGCCAGGAGGAGGCCGUUUCGGAAGCGACCAACUAG